CUCCUGACCAAUCAAAAGGGGGCUUUUUCAUAUGGACGAAAAACAAACCAGGAAAUAUGGCGGCGGUCGGGAAAUAUUUCCAAAUAGAAAUCCCGUCGAUUAAAAUCAAUGACUGCAUGCAAGAUUUGCGGCCUGAAAGUUUGGAGAUGUGGAGUUAAAUCGGCCAGUUUCAAUACCUCGAACUUGAUAAAACAUUUGAAGACGAAACGUGAACGAACACAACGAGUUUGAGCCUGCAAGAGCAGGACUGCUAUCCAGAGGAAGAAGGCCGCUGGACCGGAGCAACAAUCUCUGGUAACAUUAAUGCCCACUCGCACCUGGCAUCCUGGUAACACCACUAUCCUGGAACAAAUGAACUUCGUAUGUAGAGGAUCAUCCUGGAGUCAGUGACCACAGACUGGGAUAUUAAAUCCCUCUCUGCUGUGACGCAUCAAUUGUACCACCAGCACUGUUGGACUUUGUGCCAACGAAGGACCGAGACUAAAUGUCUGCGACAUUGCCAAAAGCUGCAGCUCCUGCCAAGAUUAUGAAGUUGUAAGUAGGUUAAUAGAUCUGUCAUUCUCACACCUAAUCCAUGAAAUGGCCCUUCUCUUUGAUGAGAGACUGUAAAUGGAGUAAGCAUGGCAGGGCUGCUCUCCAGACUGCACUGCCCCUUAAAGCAGGCUCAAAUGCUGCUGCUGUGCCUGGGCAUUGCCUACUUGAUGGCAGGAAGCAUCCUGCUCAUGCAACGAUCCAACAUCCGAGUCGCCCAGCCAAGCUUCCUUGUGCUUCCUCCCUUGAUGUCACUCGCAGCACCUCCGACCACCCUUGGGACCGCUGGCUUGGGUGUGAGGCUGCGUUCCAGAUGGGCCGCAGUACAGUCUGCAUCUGGUGCCAAGGCAGGGCAACACUGGCCCACCUCCCAAAACCUGGGAGUUCAACACCAGCAUCGUCACUGGUUUCACAGUGCAUUAGCAGAGAGUCCAGACAAUGCAAGUCCUGUCCAAAAGAAGAUCAGCCAUAAAGGGACUUAUAUGGGUUGCUUCCUGCACAAUGCCAGCGAGCGAGCCCUCGGGGGAGUUAUGCUUUAUGACCUGCGGAAAAUGACCAGCGCUCUGUGUCAAGACACCUGCUCAGAAAGUGGGUUCCAGUUUGCAGGGUUGGAGUAUGGUGCUGAAUGUCACUGCGGGAACAGGAUCAGUAGCCUGCAGGUUGCCGAGGAGGAUUGUAGUCUGCCUUGCCGAGGCGAGAGGGCAUCUCCUUGUGGUGGCGUGGGACGUCUCUCCAUUUACAAGGUGCAAGAGCAGAUGCCCGGUCACCGCAAAUUCAAGGAUGCUUACCAGCGAGGCUGCUUCAAAUUGGACAACGACACUAUCAACACCUUCCCCUUUCACUCAUUUAAAAUCAAUCUAACAGCACAGUCCUGCAUCGAGAUUUGUACUGACAAGGAGCUACCGCUUGCAGUCUUCAGGAAGCCACAUUGUUUCUGCACUUGGGCAUCCUCUCUCUUCAGUCUUGACCAGCAGUCUGCUAGACAUCAGUGCAUGGAAAACACUGGCCAAAACCGCAUUAGCAACUCUACAUCAUUAGUGGCUGAACAGGACUACUAUCAGGUCUAUCACACACCUGUUCUUGACUCCAGAUGCAAGGAGAGGAUGUUUCUACCGCAGAGAUCCAGCUCUCUCGUGGCUCUCUCCAGUUUUCCUGGUGCUGGCAACACUUGGGUCCGACACUUGAUCGAACUCAUGACGGGUUAUUACACAGGCAGCUUCUAUUUUGAUGGCACCUUGUACAGCAAAGGUUUCAAAGGGGAGAAGGACUUCUGGAGGAGUGGUCGUAACAUUUGUGUAAAGACUCAUGAGAGCGGAAAGAAAGAAAUCGAGAUGUUUGACUCUGCCAUUCUCCUGAUUCGGAACCCAUAUCGGUCCCUUAUGGCUGAAUUCAACCGAAAGUGUGCUGGGCAUUUAGGACAUGCAUCAGAAGCUCAAUGGAAGAGCAAAGAAUGGCCAGAAUUCGUCUCCAGCUAUGCCCCCUGGUGGGCGUCCCAUGCAUUAAGUUGGUUGAAAUUUGGAAAUCACCUACAUGUAAUCCAUUAUGAGGAGCUACAGAGAGCUCUUCUCCCUCAACUCCGGCUCAUCACAGCCUUCCUUAAUAUCACCGUGACUGAGGAGCGGCUGAUCUGUGCUCAGAGCAACCAAGAUGGUUACUUCAAAAGGCCAGGGCCCCAGCAGCCGUCCUUUGAUCCAUUUACCCCUCACAUGAGGCAAAUGAUAGACACCUUCAUUCAUACUGUCGACAUGGCACUACAGAGCAGGAACUUCAGUGGCCUUCCAAAAGAAUACCUACCAAGAUGAUGGCUUGGAAAAUUCCCCUAAUGCGUUUACAAAAGAGCGAAACGCAAUAGCCAAUGGAAGUGGACCAAGUGCUACAUUACAGAUGUACAAUGAAUGCAACUACACAGGAGAUUAGAGGAGAAAACAAACAUUUGUGCCCAUCGCACGGUGAACACAGAAGCCUGUAAUGAAAGCUUCCGGACCGGACCUGCUUCUCUGUGAACAGCAAAAAUAUAAAGAGGAUUUGACAAGAUGUGUGUGGCAGCAGUUGUAAGAUUAUUGAGUAAACUGUAUGACUGCAGAAAACAUGACUGUACAAAUUGAAAGUGGAAUGUUUUUUUCCACUUAGCUAUUCCUUUAGUGUACACUACACCCACAUUAACAACAACCUGCCGUGCUAAUACAGAAGAUAACAACAGCAGCAGCAGCAACAAAAACAGCAGAUUAAAGUUUUUAAAAUCUGAUGCAUAAAAGCCUCAAAGUUACGAUAUGCUGCAGACACUGCAACGACUGUACUGAACAUCUGUAAAUUGCAUUUUUCAUUAAAUACAUUUAUAUGAAAUGGCAUUGUUUAUAUGUUAAGACUUGUUGCAGUUCACUGAAGUAUCAUAGGUUUUCUUGGGUGAAGUUAAAGGGUUGAACAAGCAGUAAUUAGGAUCAUGUUGAUUAUGGGUUCAGUCAGACUGGAAACCAACAGUUUCAUAUUUUAAAGCAAACAAGCUUGGAGGCUCAUUUUGAUUCAAAUGGUGUGGGGAGUGGCUUUUCAAUCAGGAAGAGUUGUUUAUAACUUGAGUUCGCCCAACCGGUCUACAUGUGUUUUGUGGAUUUGGAGAAGGCGUUCGACAGUGUCACCCGGGGAGUCCUGCAGGGGGUGCUUCGAAAGUAUGGGGUACCGAGGCCCCUGGUAAGGACUGCUCGGUCCCCAUAUGACCAGUGUCAGAGUUUGGUCC